AUGACUCUCCAGUCAAUCGGAGAAAACCUCGAAAAUGUCAAUACUGUAGCCGGGAAUUCCGACGACACGAACACCUCCAACGACAUCUUCGUAUUCGUAUAUACUAAUGAAAAACCAUAUACAUGUUCCUGUGGCUCAUCGUUUGGUCGUCGUGAUCUACUGAAACGCCAUCAAAAACCCGGGCAAUGUGAACUUGCUACCCCUUCGACGCUCGACGCACAGCCAUCGCCAUUGACCGGUUCAACUGGGGAUAAUCUCCAAUGGCAGGACGAAUCUUUGCCCGUGGAUCAGAUUAGAAGGGGAUUUUUGUGGGAAAUCCCUGACCUACAUCACAACACCUCAGCAGGACCUGAACAAGGAACGCAAGUCACCGGAGCACAUUAUGAAGAUCAAUCUCUCUUCAACCAGCAGGACUUGCUGGCGCUGGAAGACAUUGAAUCUUUCAGCCAGAAUUUCGGUCUUAAUACGGACUGGUAUCUACCAACCGAACCUAGUAUCACUCAGAUCUUCACUGGGGAACCUUCGAUCACUUCACUUCCAACUCCCUCUUCUCCCUAUCCAGUUCAGCAAGAAAACUCUCACUCAAAUCAAUCUCUCAGCAAGCUCCCUACCGAGAGGCAGGCAGUCGCGGAGUUUGGAGUUUUGACAUUGCCAAUCCUUACCGUCACGCCUCAACAUCGGACUCGGCUUCUUCUGGCAUUGUCAAAGGAUUCUCAUGCCACACCCGAUGAUAGUCUCUUGCCAUCCCACCAUUCACUUACUCGAUUCAUGAAUGGAUUCUUCGAUGGAUUUUAUCCCCACGUACCGAUUAUCCAUAUUCCCACCUUCAGCAUUGAUGAUUGUGAUCCGGGCAUAUUUCUGGCUAUGUCGGCCUUGGGAGCUCAAUAUCGACACGAGCAUCGCAAGGCAGUUUCACUUUUCCAUGCAUCGCGGAAGAUACUACAACAAAGUUCACGCGAAAAGGGUCGAACCGAACUCUACAGCAACAUUUCCGUGGGCUCUGAUUCUCAAAACACCACUCUUGAAGGGUGUUGUGCUUUGCUUCUUAUUGCGUUUGCCACAUGGCAAGGCGAGGAAAGUAUUAUAAAUGAAGCAUUCAACUUACAGAGCCACUUGGCAAGAUGUGUUCGAGAUAGCCAGCUUGAAGAACAAACGGAACAGCCAGAAAGCACUCUAGACUGGCGCUCAUGGGUAAGAAGAGAGUUUGAAAGACGACUUAAGCUGUUCUCCUUCACUCUUCUGAAUCUACAUUCCAUUGCAUUUGGAACCCCGCCGGUUAUCCUGAGCGAUGAGAUUAAUCUGCGCCUCCCAUGUACUUGCUUAGAAUGGAUCGCCCCAAAUCAACAGAAAUGGUCUGCUGUCCGCAGAUCAGUCCCUCAACAGCAAAUGAUGUUCCAGCAGGCUCUUUCCCAGUUAAUGAAGUCCCGAGAGCAGCCGCCUCAAAUUUCACAAGUGAUCCCAUCUCCACUAGCAAACUACGUUCUUUUACAUGCUCUCAUCCAAAAAAUCCUCGUUUCCUAUCAGGCCUUUCGCCUAUAUGAUGACGAGCAAAGUAUAUUCAUCAACAAACAAAAGGAAACCUUGCGGACUAUGCUUCACGCAUGGACUUCCCAAUGGCAACGAGCCCCUGAAUCAAGUCUCGACCCACGGAAUCCAAACGGACCUGUUACGUUCACUUCCACCGCAUUGCUUGGUCUUGCCUAUGUUCGACUAGGUCUUGAUCUGGGAGCGCACAAGAUACUUCGAUCCCGAAACCCAAGCGAUAUUGCGAAUCGACUCUUGGAAAUGCCGAGACUUCCAGCUGGGCCACAUCUCCUCCCGGCAAUUUUACACGCGACUCAUGCGCUCAGUAUUCCUGUCAGACUGGGAAUUAACUUUGUAGCUCGCAGCCAUGCCUUUGUAUGGAGUAUCCAGCAUUCUCUUUGUGGGUUGGAGUUCGCGAUAUUCUUAAGUAAAUGGUUGUUCUGCUUGUCCAAUUGUCAAAAGAGCCGUCCUUUAGAUGAACACGAAUCCCGCCUGGUAGGCUGGAUUAGCGAUAUCGUCGAAGAAGGCCGGACAUCUGGAGACGAUGAUCUCUGGCCCCAAGCCGGUGAUCCAUCGUCCUGCGACUAUCUAGGAUUUGCAGUUGUCAAGCUUUGGGCGCGCCUUAUCAGAGGAAAUGAACAGUGGGCCAUAUUGAAGGUCAUUGGAGACGGGCUUGAUAUCUAUGCCAACACCUGCGAACAGCGUCUAGUAAAUUCCAACUUGGAUGUUAAUACUACUUAA